UCUUCCCCACUCGUUUAUGACGCAUAGACCAUUCUUUUCGUAAACUAACUUUCAAACAAUGACUACUCAGUCUAGAUAUCCCACCCGAAAGGCGGGUAGGGCGAGUCAAAAGGAAGGACAAGCUGGCUCCGCAAGAUUUUCUCAGCGAGCCAAGACAUCACAAAAUCGGAAAACCGGUCAAGCGAAAGACUCAUGUACAUCAACAAUUUCAGAAAGUAGGGAGCAUGAGCCUGGUGACAAAACGGCAAUCUAUGUGACAGUGCGCUGUCGAAGUCGCAAUGAGCGGGAAACAACCGGUGAUCAUUCUGUUAUACUACGAACAGAUGGCAUCAAGGGGAAGACUAUAGAGGUGUCUAUGGAUUCUCCCUCUAACAAGAUCUACAACUUUGACCAGGUAUUCUCAUCAGCCGCUGACCAGCGCAUGGUUUAUGAAGAUACUGUUUUGCCAAUGGUUGAUGAACUUCUGUUAGGCUACAACUGCACAAUCUUCGCAUAUGGACAAACCGGAACAGGUAAAACAUACACGAUGUUUGGAGACAUGACAGAAGAAUUUGGGCUUUUAUCUGACAAUGCGGGGAUUAUUCCACGCACCCUCUACACACUGUUUGACAGGCUUAAGGGAACAGAUACCACCAUCAAGUGUUCUUUUAUCGAGUUAUAUAAUGAGGUCAUACAUGAUCUUCUCUCAGGUGAAGAGGAUACAAAACUCCACCUAUUCGAAAACGAAAGGAAUACCGCCAACAGGAGUUUAUUGGUGAAAGGAAUGCAAGAAUCGUAUAUCGACUCUCCAUCAGCCGGUAUUCAAUUACUCCGAAUGGCUGGCCGGAAACGACAAGUGGCAGCAACCAAAUGCAAUGAUCUGAGUUCCCGAAGUCAUACCAUUUUCACAAUCAACAUUCUUACAAGGUCUAGUGACGAGUCCAUUACAUGUGGGAAGCUGAACCUGGUAGACCUAGCUGGUAGUGAGAACAUUCAACGCAGUGGCGCCGAAAACAAGCGAGCUGUUGAAGCCGGUCAAAUCAACAAAAGCUUGCUAACACUUGGACGAGUCAUCAAUGCUUUGGUUGAUAGAUCUUCACAUGUUCCGUACAGAGAAUCAAAAUUGACAAGAUUACUACAAGAUUCCUUGGGUGGCAACACCAGGACUUGCAUAAUCGCUACUGUUUCUCCUUGUCGAUCAAGUCAGGAAGAGACUGCCUCUACAUUAGAUUACGCAUUUCGGGCCAAAAACAUUCACAACAGACCGCAGAUAAACACUCCCGUGCCGAAAGAUACGCUGCUCUCAGAGCUGUCUUCUGAGAUCGAGACUCUUAAACGCAAUUUAAGAGCGACAAGGCACCGUAAUGGCAUCUAUAUGACUCCUGAGACAUAUGAAGACAUGAUCAAAGAAAUUGAGUCCAGGCGGAUCGUCAACGAGGAGCAAAAACAGCGAGUUCAAGCCUUGGAGUCUGGAUUUCAGCACAAGGCAGAAGAACUACUUGCACUAAGACGUCAGCUACUAAGUUCACAAUCUGACAAGAAGGAGGCGCAUUUAAAACUCUCUCAGAUGAAUGACACCAUAAACAAGGCUCAGACUAAAUGGGAGGGAUCUAUUGCGGAGGUGUCAGACAUUAGUGAGAAAGUGGGAGCUCGAAUCAAGAACUUCCAAGCUCACCAGACAAUGCUUUUAAACGAUUUUUCAACCAAAAUCAGUCAAUUCUUUGGAAAUGAGACAAUGGCAGCGCAGAGAAACCAGACCCUUCUUUAUGAUGCUCUCGAUACUGUCGAAAACGCUGGAAUGGACUCCCAGACACAAUUAAUGAGAAGCGAGACAGAAGAAGCUUUCCAAGAGCUCAAGAGAAUCAGUAAACAGGUCAGAGUGAUGAUCUCUAAGGCAAUGAUUGAACUUCCUCAAGCAAUUAGCCGAAUGUCUGAAGGUCUUCAGGGUGAAUUGUCGAGAUGCAAGAAUCAGUUCGAUAUGGCCUACAGCACACUCGAUACUGAUGUCCAGUCGAUAUCUCAGAUGAUAGUGAAACACAUCGAGGAGCAAAACACCGAAAUCAGCGAGCUACAGCUUCAGCUUCAAAAUGCCAAUUCUCGAAUGGUAGAGAUGAGUCACAAGACCUCUCUUGACAUGGUUCAAUUUCUGGAAGAGGAGCGUACGAACGCUGAAGCAGAGCGCCAUAACCUUCUGACCCAAAUCGGUGCAAUCUAUGACCUUAGCUUCCAGCAACGCUGGGACCGACUUCAAGGAAAUUACAGUAAUGUCUAUAAUGACAUUUCAAGCUCUGGUGAGCUUAUUGAGGGUUUUACGACACACAGUCGGAUCGAGAAAUGUAUCACAAGGCAAAAGCAACUUGCUGAAGAACUCAUUAAAUUGAGGAACAAUCUCGUCGUGCGUAUGGGGCAAGAUAAGGAGACCAUCGAGAAACAACAUCUCUCUGUCCAACAAACAGCAGCAUCGGCGCAGAGGGACCUACGGCACAAUUUCGAUAAUCACAAAGAGGGUCUUGAUGGGCAACUAGAACUAUGGGCCCAAAAAUUGGAAAAGACACAAUCACAAAACAAACAGUUCAGUGACGCCUGGCUUGGCCAUUUGAAGACUUUAGGGACCACUAUGAAAGAAUCAUACUCAACGCUGAAGGGCCGAUUUGGUAAAUUGCUUGAUAGCUCCAGCGAAUUUCAGAGCGAGUUGGCACUGCACUCGAACACAAUAGAGCAACCAAUUGCCACCUUGGAGAAGGAGGUUUACGAGCCCCUCUCACACCUGCGGACGAGCAUAAGGAAUUGCUUGUUACCAAGUGGCUCCUUAAGACAAGCAUCAGACUACACUACUCCGUCGUGCCACCCAGAUACCAGGGCAUCAUCCGCCUCUUUGGCACAUAAAGGAUCUAACGAACAGCACGUUCGCGAUAAGUCAGAGGCAACUCAGAGUAACCAGGAGAGCAUUCCUCGCUCGACAACUGACAGUUUCGCUGAGCAGCCAUAUUUGGCACUUACAUCGGAUGACAGCGAUCAACCCCGACCUAAACGGCGCCGCCUGUGA